UUCUAGAGAAUUGACUUUUAAUGGUCUUGGCCUCUUGGAGGGCACUAUAAAGUAUCAAAGGGUGCAAGAUAUCUGCACACUCACACCACCAAUCACAUAUAGAAUUCCUGAACCUAAAGCAGCAACCAACCAUGGUAGUAAAGGUGUAUGGUCCAGCAUAUGGUUGCCCAAAGCGGGUGCUAGUUUGUCUCAUUGAGAAACAAAUUGAGUUUGAAACAGUGGAUGUUGAUCUCAUCAAGGGGGAACAUAAGGAACCUGAGUUCCUCAAGUUGCAGCCUUUUGGAGUUGUUCCUGUUAUUCAAGAUGGUGAUUAUACUCUCUAUGAAUCUCGUGCAAUAAUAAGGUACUAUGCUGAAAAGUACAGAGAGCAAGGGACUGAAUUGCUAGGAAAGACAAUAGAAGAAAGAGGUCUUGUAGAACAAUGGCUUGAAGUUGAAGCCCACAAUUUCCAACCUCCAAUCUACAACUUAGUAAUGAAUGUUGUAUUUGGUCCAAUCCAGGGUGUUCCCUCGGACACAAAAGCGGUUCAAGAGAGUGAUGAAAAGAUUGCAAAGGUGCUUGACAUUUACGAGGAGAAGAUAAUUAGAUAA